GCAAGGUUGAAGCUGAAGCCUGGACUGUCUUAUAAAAGCCUCCUUGCCUGGGGUCUAACACGAGUGCCGAUUUCUAGCUAAAGCUCCACACUUGAGCACUGAGUGAGGUUAACGUGAAGUUGCAAAGAUGCCUACACUGGAAGACCACUUGGAGGGCAUCAUCAAUAUCUUCCACCAGUACUCAAUUCGGACGGAUCAUCCUGACACCCUCACCAAGAGUGAGCUGAAGAAGCUGAUUAUAAGGGAGCUUGCAAACACCAUCAAGAACACCAAAGAUCAAGCUACAAUUGACAGAAUAUUCAAGGAGCUGGAUGAUAAUGGUGACGGGGAGGUCAGCUUUAGGGAAUUCUUAUUCCUGUUGGCCUCUGUGUUGGAGACUGCCCAUGAAAACAUCCACAAGGAAUAGAAAACUCUCUGAGGGCCUUUUCACCAGCAAGGUCCCCAAGAAGGCAUUUACUUCUUCUCAUCAAAGCCCUGCCUUGCCCAGGGCAGUAGAGUGUGAAUAAAUGUACUUGAGAAAAAUUGUGAA